UUACAGAAACAGAAUAAUGGUGAUGACACAGAAACACUUUGUUCUCGUACAUGGCACCGGCCACGGAGCUUGGUGCUGGUACAAGCUCAAGCCCCUCCUGGAAUCCGGCGGCCAUAAAGUGACGGCGCUUGACCUCGCCGCCUCCGGCGUCAACCCCAAACAGCUCCACCACCUCCGCACGCUGCACGACUAUAAUUUGCCGUUGAUGGAGUUCAUGUCGGCGCUUCCCGACGGAGAGAAAGUUAUCCUGGUGGGCCACAGCUUCGGCGGCAUCAACAUAGCCCUCGCCAUGGAAAACUAUCCUCACAAGAUUUCAGUUGCAGUUUUCAUAGCAGCUUUCAUGCCGGAUUCUGUUCAUUCACCCUCCUAUGUCUUGGAUCAGUUCAAUGAACGUACACCGGCGGAAACUUGGAUGGAUACUCAAUUUGUACCCUAUGGUACACCGGAAGAUCCUCUAACGGCAGUGUUUUUUGGUGCUCGAUUCUUGUCUGAAAAACUCUACCAAUUGUGCUCCCCAGAAGAUAUUGCACUUGGGGGCUUGUUGAUUAGGCCAAGUUCUUAUUUUACGGAGGAUUUUUCAAAGAUUAAAAAAUUCACAGAUGAAGGAUAUGGUUCAGUUAAGCGAGCUUUCAUUAUUUGCUCUAAAGAUGAAGCCAUGUUAUUGGAGUUUCAGCAUUGGCUCAUUGAAAACACUGGGGUUUCUCAAGUGAAGGAGAUUAAAGAUGCAGAUCACAUGGCAAUGCUUUCAAAACCCCAACAACUUUGCCAAUAUCUCUUAGAGAUUGCUGGUGAUGAAUAAAUUCACUAAUUUGAUUGCCAUUCACAAUGUUCAAUUGCUUUUUUUUUUUUUUUUUUUUUUAAUUGAACUAUGCUUUGUCCGAUAUGGUGCCUCCUUUGUCGUGGUUUGGAUUUCGUUUAAUUUGUCAACUUUGUAAU